AUGCAUUUGCUUCCAAAUGAUGGCGAUAUGCGAGUUUUCGAAAUACCUUGUCAAAUUGCGGAGCAAUCAGCAAACGCACUCGGGGAUUAUGGGGCUAAGGGCAACUUCCUCAGAGAAGGGUUUGCUACACAACUAGGACUGCCCAUCAUGCGUUCUUGGACGGGCAAAGUGACUGUUGGGAGUGGAAAGCAGGUUGAAACUGUUGGGACGACAGUGGUGCCGUUUAGGUUCAGAGAGGAGAAAACUGUGCAUAUCCUCAAAUUUCACAUCCUACCCGAUUGCAUUCACGACGUUAUCGUUGGGAAGCAAUUCUUGAAGAUCACACAAACAUUCUCAAACUUGACCAAUUACGCUCGUCGUGUGAAGGAGCGAAUGGUCAAGGGGAUAUCACAGUUCCGCUUUCUAUAUCUUGGUGCAUCGACGUCGAUGGUCUCAGGAUCUGUCAACGGUCAGCCUCACACUGCCCUGGCCGACUCCGGGUCGAAGGUUUUGGUGAUGAAUGAGGCAUAUGCACGAGAUAUUGGCGUUAAUAUUGAGACUGGCCGUCAUCUUCGACGAAAAGUGAUAUUUGCCGACAAUUCAGUUGCUGAGACUAUAGGUAUGGCAUACGACGUGGAAUGGCGUUUUGGAUACGAUGAUUCAUUCAGUUCGCCUUAUCAGCUUGACUUUCAUAUUUUGCAAGAUGCUCCGGUGGAUGUUAUCUUGAGCGACACAUUUCUCUUUGAUAACGAAGUAUUUUCACGAUAUCAAGACUGCUUCACGGAUGAUGAUGAGGACUAUGAAGACGAAGACAAGGAGACUUACUUCUUUGCGAUUGAUUUUGAUAAAAGACGCGAACCGCUGACAGGUACCACUCCCCAUACCAAAGAAAAUGCGUUCAUGUUCUAA